UCAUCAAAAAGAUUGAACUAGUCAAGAUCUUAACUAAAAAAGCAUUAAAAUAGGAUAACUUCAAAAACAGAAACAUAACCAAAGAUGGAGUGAUUAUAUUUGCUUUGUGUUUUUGUUACAAAUUAAAUAUACAUUUUAAUCUAAUAAAGUUUUUUUUUCCCCACUAGUAUUACUUAUUUCUUUCUUUACUUUACAUCCUAGUAUUGUACUGUAACAUUGGUAAUUGAAUUAUUAUUUUUGGUUUUCAGCUAUGCGUGCACCAUAUUGCGUACCACAACCACAAAGUCAUGAAAUAAGCUAUUACCCUCAAAAUCCAAAAGUGCUUCUACCUGCAGUAGGUUAUAGAAGGAACCAUGCUGAGAAAGUUAUGUCAAACUCAAAUGGCAUGUCAAAUAUCUGCAAUAGUCCAAUGGUAUAUAAUGAAAACAUGCAACAGAGAAUCCUAAACCCUAAUUAUGACUUUGGUUACAGUAAUCAAGAAACAUUGGAUUUGUUUCCUCUGCAUCCAACUGGCAUAUUGGAAGGGAAAUCAACUGACCAGGUGUCUUCUAUUGUUUCAGUUUCUGCUGAUAGUUCCACUGAUACACAUUCUGGUUCUUCUCAUCAUGAGAUCAAUCAAGAUCAUGGUUAUAAUGGGAACAAACCCUUCUUUGACUUUUUUAAUAAUUCUGCAGGACAAGGUUCUUAGGAUAGUUUGCAAGUUUUUUUUAAUGUUUUCUUGCUAUAAGUACAAACAUGCAAUUUCUAGUUUUCCACAUUUUCUUAAUCAAUGAAAUUAGUUUAUGUUCUUUAGUUUAUUAGUAGUACUAUAUUUUAGUAUUUCCA